CCGACACCGUGUACAAUAGGCCUACGGCUUAGUAGAGGCCUUGUCUGCAAGUGUAAAUAAACCAGUGUAAGUGCUUUCAGAAUGAGCUGCAGAUAUCUACACUGUGCUCUGGAGUAAAACUUGGUGCUGUUGUAGAACUUUCGAUCAUAGAUUUUCUCAAUAUCUGUAGCAGCCCCCUGAAUCUGAAUGCCUCUCCAGUCGUCAAUCAGCAAAAUGGGCAGGGAAGUAGAAGCCAUCAACAUUUCUAAAGCGGCUACCACCACCAACCUGUUCUACCUUUUCUUCCAUGGUGGCAAAGCUGCUGUAAUCCCUUUCCUCACUUUGUUUUUCCGCCUGAUCGGCCUCUCGGCAUUAGAAGCAGGUGGUCUCAUUGCCGCCAAAACUAUCACAGGCCUCAUUUGGGCGCCCCUCUGGGCUCGUUGCGCCACAGCCUACAGCCGUCAUCGCUUAGUUCUCACGUUCUCACUCUUCAUGAUGAUGGUGACGUACCUGUCCUUCCCUGCCCUGUACACCCAGCUUGCCAAACCGGAGCAUUGCUGGAAGGUGUCGGACAACGGCACGGUUUCCAUGACGCCCCCAAUGGAACAAGUGGGUUCUGCAGUGACACCAGCGCCAUCCUUUGCUCCCCCGACGACAACGCCUCCAACGACAGCAGCAGAACAAACACAUUCGACUUCACCUCCGACUGCCGCACCUCCGGAACUUCAGACUCAAACUCCUGCUCCGACUGAGAAGAACGAGGAGCCAGAUGACCAAGAGAGUUCUGAGACACCGCCGCUAGAAACGGAAGUGGAGGAAACAGCUACUAUCCCCUCUGCAGCUGGGGUCACGCCAGGGGAAGAGAUUAAGUCUGUUCCUCCAUCGUCUUCGUCAGAAGAGUUUUCUGAAGACUUUUUAGACCAGACUCGAGCUCUGUUAAAAAGGAUGAACCUGACUCCUGAGGAUUUAGUGAAUAUGCAUGACCUGGGUUUAACGCCAGAGCAGCUGAAGGGACUGAGUGAAAUCUUGCAGAAAGAGGAAGGAGGUUCCAGUCUGCCUCAGAUGAGAAAGCGGUCGGUGUCAGCUCGUAGAGAAGUUCAUCACCUGGUGAAGAGGGCUUGGACAGUGGAGGAUGUCAAGGAGAAGCUGCGCUCUAUCCAGUCCACUUUACAGAAGGAUCGGGUCUUGCUCUUCUUGGUCCUCCUGGCCAUCCUCGUCGGUGGGGAAAUCUUCGCCUCUCCUGUGGAGAAAGUGGCCGAUGACUCGUGGUUUGAUUUCUUGAACCGCAUCGACGACUUGGAGCGCUACGGCCAGCAGAGGUUCUGGGGUUCGAUUGCGUUUGUGUUGAUUCCGAUUGUGGUGACCGUAGCCGUGGACCACACUCCUUGCUUCCUGCCUUACCACAUCCAUCAUUAUCUCAUUCAUUUCUAUAUCUUUGCCGUACUCCUGGCUGCAGCUUUGAUCGUCUCAUGCUGGUACCCCGUGCCGCCACCUGCCAACGGGAAGUACAACUCUAAGAUCUGUAAAGGUCUGCGCAUCAUUUGUUGCGAUGGCCGAGGGUUCCUGUUCACCCUCACCCUGCUCAUCACGGGGAUGGUGUACGCAGCCUCCCACAACUUCCUCUUCUGGAGAAUCCAGAACCUCGGGGGCUCCGAGACAACGAUGGGUUUGUGUGUGGCUAUUGGCUCUUUUGCCGAAAUCCCCAUGCUGCUGUUCAGUGGGAAAUUUGUGAAGAAACUGGGCAACUGCUGGGCCGUGUCGCUGUCUCUGAUGAUACUGACCCUGCGGGUUCUGUACUAUGCGUAUGUCCCCAAUGCCUGGGCUAUCCUCCCUGUGGAGCUGGCUCACGGCAUCACGCACACCGCCCUGUGGUUUGCCAUCCUCAGCUACGACGACUUCAACAUCGGAGCAGCUAUCGACCGCAGCCUGCGCUCCAUCCUGUCCUCUUUCUACUUUGGUUUUGGUUUCUCUGUGGGCAGCAUCGUGGCGGGCUAUGUUUUUGACACUUACGGUGACUCAGCUUUGUUCCUUGGCUGCAGUGUUGUUACUGGAGGCUGGUGCAUCCUUUUCUCUGUCGUGCAAAAGUGCCUCCCCAAGAAGGAGAAGGUACGUUAUAUUAAGUUGUUGAGAAGUGACUCAGAUAACUCUGAGGAUGAGGAUGAUGACUGGCUGGAGAUGGCUCUCAAGGACCAUUAGUCUUUUUUUCAUCUCUUGUUAUAGAAGUCACCACAAUCAUUGUGUAUGUCACAUGUGGUAUGAAUGUUUUGCUUAGAAUCAUGACUGGUUGGGAAUGAAUCUAUAACACUGCUGUUAGUGUUGGUUGUUUUCUGUCUCUAAUUGCAAAAAUCACUCCCUGUCACCAUCAUUGUUUAUAUGUGGAAUAUGAAUGUUGAGUAAUAGUGAAUGUGAUUUUUGUAUCAUUCUGAUUCCGUGUUAUUAGCAAAACUUAUCUGCACAAAGUCUGCAUGGUGGUAGCAUUCCAUUUUCGUAUAGAUUAGAGAGUGUGUAUAUAUGUUAUUGUGGGACUUGCAGGUAGAUGUCCCGAUUGUGAAUCUAGUCAAUUUGCAAAGCUUGGUCUCAUGAUAGAGACUGAAGAGUAAAGAGUUUCCUGCUGAAAGUUGAACUCUUUUUAAAAUAAUUUAAAAAACAUGAAUUUCUGCUCUCUCUUUGUGCCAAGAGACAAUCAAGUUUUCAGAAAAAAAUCGAAUCUGUUGUCAGAAAAAGUUUUAUGAAAUAUAUUAUGCAGGUAUUAAGCUUAAACUAGUUUGAAGUGUUUUAUGUAGGUCACUUGAAGUGUAAGUAGUAAAGUGCUAACAGUUCAAAGAUAUGAGAGGUCUGUCAUCAUUGGUAUGUUUGUUUGGUAGUCAGUAAAUAUUCUAUUGUGCGGAAUGGCAACACAUGUGAGCAACUUUUUGUUAAAACUAGAUGUUUUUGAAAAAAUCUUUGAAAUUGUCUACUGGACAUGGCUCAUUGAUUUGAGUCUUUGUACAGUUAGUUACAUUUUGACACUUUGUGAUGUCAUGGUUUGAAAGAAUAGAAGAGCCACUUGCUGCUCAUAAUAAUAAUGGCAUAAUAAUAAUGACAGUUUGUCUCUCAGUUUCUGACAAUGACUAUGCAUCUGCAGAGGAGAAUAUUUCUAAAAUGAAAUUGAAGAAAUGAGGAUUGAUUAAGAUGGUGGCUUCUGUUGUGGCCAAGGAAACCAAUUUUUGCUGAGGGUAGUUUGCCACAUUUUAUUUAAAAGCUUCGUUUCCACUUGGUGAAGUGUGCAGCUUGCGGGCUUGUUUUCUCUUAGCUUCAGCAUUUCAUUACUUGCCACUUGCGCUGCUUGGGAUACUUAAUGUUUUUUGUUUUUUUUGAUUCUGCAAAAUAGGUGAGCCACAGAUUUAUUUGCCAUUGAGCAUAAUUUGGGAU